UCUUCUUACACCCUCUCAAUUCUUUUUUUCCCUCAUACUUCUUUGCAAAUUGUAUUCAUUUGAGUAUUCAUCACGGUAACUAAAGAGGGAAUUAGAUAUCCAAUUCAAAGAAUAGAAAUGGUGGGUUGUGGGGUGUACCCUAAGAAGAAAACAGAUUGGCUUAAUACCCUUCUGGAAAGUGAGUUCUUUGGUCCUUGCUUUGAUCAUCAAGACCUAAGAAAAAAUGAAAAAAAUGUCUUCUGCAUUAACUGUUGUCUCGAGUUUUGCCGGCAUUGUAAGUCUCAUAGCCAGCACCGCUCACUUCAGAUCUGCAAAUAUGUAUAUCAAGACGUUGUUCGCCUUCAAGAAAUGCAGAAGCAUCUCGACUGUUCCAAAAUUCAGACAUACAAAAUCAAUGGUGAAAAGGCUGUACAUUUGAAUCCAAGGCCUCAGGCUAAAGAUGCCAAGCCAUCAACGAAAUCGAAAACCGGUGCUGCCUGCGAAGCUUGUAGAAGAUACCUUCAAGACCCACCCAACCGUUUUUGUUCCAUUGCAUGCAAGGUAUCAGCCGUUGAUGUGAAGCCUAGAGGCCAAAGCCAUCAAAUGGAUAUACAAAUACAAGAAUUUCGCGAUGUUUCAUGGAAAGACAAUCAGAAUUUGGAAGCAAGUUCGGAGGAGAAGCAGUCGUCGCUCACGUCGACCGAUCUUUCAGAAGAGGAGACUAAAACAUGGGUGCUCAAAAGUUUAAGGCCUCGUAAACAAUUGAGCAAAAGGAAAGGCACUCCUCAGAGGGCUCCCCUCAGUUGAUACUCUAAACAAAGUGGAGUUCGAUGAAGGUGCAGGCAGGCAGUCUUGAAGAUUAGUCUUCAUUUUGGAAUUUAGUUGGGGUUUGUUGAGAGGGCAGUCCCCACCAUUCUCAUGAUCUGGGGAAGUGCAUUAAUUUUCUUGAGAUUGUACAGCAUAAUAGAAAGGUGAAAAAAGAUGGUAUAUUUGAUGGGAAAGCUAGCAGUGUUUUAAAAUGGAUUUUGAGCUUUGUAUCCACCCCUUGACAGAUUUGAUUAGACCUAUUAAUGAUUUUGUUUCUCUUUCGGUGGGA